ACGGUCUUUGUUUCGAGGUCAAUCUAUUUUAAAUCUGACACUUUACCAGACUAAAUCUGUUCCUAAUUUUAAUAGACAGAGUUUACUGUGAUGGUGGUAUAAAUGAAACAGUGAAUAAAGUACUUUAUUAGUAUUAUUUACGUAUAACAUAUAAAAGAAAGGAUAUUUUGCAGUGCUAUUUUUAAACGAAUUGCACUCUUUUGAAACAUAAUACCUAUUGUAAACACCAUAGUAAUAUAUUUGUGUUUAAAACAAGAUGAUUCAUAAAAAUAAAAUCAUUGGCAUUUUAAUAAGUAUACUUCUUUUAAAUUCGGUCUUUGCUGCAUCCAUUUCAGGAGCCUUAACAGACAAUAGCUUAAGCCUAGUAUACAUUGAAAAAGAACUCAACCCGUUGGAAUGUUACGAAAUAUGUGGAUGCGAUCCAGCCUAUAUAUACAACGAGACCCUAAAAGAAUGCGUAUUAAAUAUGGAAUAUAUGAUAAAAGCAUUAGCACAAACAAGCGUAGAAAAAUCAGGACACAAAUAUGAGGCCGCAGACCAUGAUAUCGCUAAUGACGACGGAAUGGCAAAAAAUAUUCGUAUAGAAGCAGAGAAGAUUUUUCAAGGAAUUAUAAUAUCUGUGAUAAUAUUUAUGGUUUGCGCCAGCAUAUGCAUUGUGACCGCCUGUGUCUACUGCUGUCAUAUAAAUUAUAGUGAUCGGCAACUUAAAAAUAAUGUAAAAGGCGUCGCGAAGAAGCUAAAGAAGAAUUAUAAUCCUACAAGGACAGUCCCGAGGUCUAAAUCAUUGCCGAAGGAAGAGAGCUGCAAUGUGUUGGUCGGAGGUACAGGAGUGUUUGUAGUAUGAUUAAUCAAUCAGUAUCAACAAUGUAAUACGUACAUUGUUAAAUUUGAACAAUAUGAUUUACUAUUUGUACAAAAAAUAAAAUGUUCUAUAAUAAACAUAAUA